AAAAUGUGUGUCACUCAUCCAUCUUAUCUUUCAAACGUGUCGUUCAUCUAAUCGAACACAGCACUGUAUAGUACAAUCAAAUUCAACUCUCAACAAAUUUUCUCCACCGCGUUAUAAAUUUGCAAACUAUAUGUCAUGCAAAAGCAUCCCUCAUAAUACAUGCAGUAUUAAUUAUUUUAAGCCACCUAAUGCAAAACAAGACAAAAAAACAUAUAAAUAAGGUACUAGAAAACAAAUAGCUAGCCUUUGAUUUUGUGGAGACACAUGGCUUGUUUCUGCUUUCUUGUUGAUCAGACAAUAAAGAUACGGCGGAGCAAACCGGUGGCGGGAACGUGUUCACGGUGUCGCAGUGGUGCCAGUGUAGCUGAUAUGAUUACACAAACAAGAUUUUGUUAUGUUCCUUUCUAUUGUAAAUCUUGGAAAGCUAUUUUAUGCACUUUUUGUGGAGCAAUUCUCAAGUCUUACAGAUAAGAAAUACCAUAUAUCAUUUUAUAUCUAUUGAUUGGUCUAUAGUUUCAUCUUUUCCCUCCACUCUAUCAAGAUUUUGAGUGUAUAACAUAUACUCAUAUUUUGAUUUGAUACGAGUUUAAUGUAUAUUGACUUCUUACUUUAAAUCAAGCAAUGUUUAUGAGAUUAAA